AUGCUCUCGAAUCAAGAAGAGUUCAAUCGAGAACGGAAAGAAGGAUUCGAAAUGUUCCGGAAAUUAUCGUCCCCUGAAUUUCUAUUGAAAGACAAACGGAUUAUUGGGAAAUGGAAAACAGAAAAAGAAUUGGAAGAGUUCUUUCGAAAUAUUGUGAAUCUAGAUCUGCAAAGUUUAAUUGAUCGACUGCAGACGAAAAAUGACCUGAAUGCAUAUACCGUUCUUUGUGCAUAUACUCAUAAGAUGCUGGAUAGUCAGACACGUCUCAAUUGUGUCACUGAAGUUAUCAGAGAAGCUUUCGAAACAGCAGAAGAACACGAUCAAUUAUGGUACAAUUCAGAUGAGAAACCACCUCUUUACGGGGUUCCAUUCAGCGUUAAAUGCAAUUUUGAUAUGAAAGGUUAUCACACUACAAUUGGAUUUUUGAAGAAACUAGCUGAAGACAAGAAGGAAAUUGAUUGUCCUUUUGUGGUUCACUUGAGAAAUUUGGGAGGGAUUCCUUUCGUUCUUACAAAUGUCCCGCAAGGUUUUAUUUCUUAUAUAAGUUCAAAUCCAUUGUAUGGGACAACUCGUAAUCCAUGGGCACUUGACUGUACUCCUGGUGGAUCAUCUGGAGGAGAAGCUGCUCUGGUUGCUGAUGGUGGAUCUCCAUUCGGAACUGGAUCUGAUUUGGGCGGAAGCCUUCGAAUUCCAGCUGCAUUUUGUGGUUUGGUUACAAUGAAACCGACCCAAAAUCGUUUCCACGUGUCAUACAACUAUGGUGGUCUUCCCGGACGUGGUCGACUCGGUCUCAGCUAUGGAUUCUACACAAAAAGUGUCGACGAACAGGUUUUCCUGCUAGAGCUUAUCGUUGGAUCUCCUGAAUAUAGGAAACUUGAACCAAUGUCAUCACCAGCUCCACUUCAAAUAAACUCUAACAAAAAAGAGAAAUUUCGAGUUGGAUGGUAUGAUGAUGAUGGGUUCAAUCCACCAGUCCCCUCAAAUCGCCGGGCGGUGUUAGAGACUGCUGCAAGUUUAGAGAAAGAAGGUCACGAAGUUGUUCGAUUCAGAAUGGAAGACAUUGAUCAGAAGUUUCAGCCAUUUUAUGUUGCAUCUAUGUUGUUCAAAAAUGUACUACCAGACGACGGGAAGUUCAUUCUAGACCUUUAUAAAAAUGAGCCAAAUGAUCCGUAUAUGGCGAAAUUCAGUAAAAUGCUUCGAUUGAAUGAUUGGGCAAUUAUCAGACUUAUUACUCUUCCGAUCAUUUCUUUUUUCUCAAAACGUGGAGCUUUAAUUGCUAAAUCUCGAAACGGAAAUCUAGCUGAAUUACGGAAGACACAAGAAGAAACUGAUAUUUAUCGUUUGAAAUUCAUCGAAUAUUGGAAUAGUCUGGAAAUCGAUGCCCUCAUCUCCCCUGCUAUCCCUCAUCAGUACCCACCGGAACUCGCCAAUGCAGUUUUCUCCACUGGCCUCUAUAACCUGCUUGAUUUUCCUGCUGGCAUCGUUCCAGCAGGUCAUGUCACAGCAGAAGACGUGGCGAAUUUGAAUGAUGAGAAAAUUUUUCCAAUUGAUGAUUUCCUACUGAGAAAACAGAGAGAUGCAUGCGCAAAUUCAGAAGCAAUGCCGAAUGCUGUUCAGAUAGUGGGACUACCGAAUGAAGAGGAAACUGUUUUGAAAGUUAUGAAAAUUGUUGAAACAUUUCAUGGACCAAUGGCUAAACCGAGUGUUUCAUUCUUUUAA